UAUCUAUAUCAUGUCAAGGUUAUCGAAAUAAGCGAUGCUCCAAAAAUAGGUACUCAACAUGCUUAAAUGGUCUAAGGAUAAAAAAGAUGAGCAGCCUACAGAUUGGCCUAAAUAUGCUGAACAUUUGGAACACUGCGUUGACGAUGUACGACGUAUCGCAAGUGAUGUACACAGAGGUCUAGUGCAAAAUGUCCUCGUCAGUAAGAAAAAUAAAAAGUAUCCUGAGUAUGUACUGUCAACCAUUUUAAAAGAAUCCGUCGAUAAACCCAAUACAGAUGACCGACUUUUUGUUUGUGUUACUCGUGAGGCUAGUAAAGCUUUGUCAAUUCUAUCUACAUAUCAUCGAGAUCAUGAGACUAAAGUAGAACGUCAAAUUGUUGAACCAUUAAAUCGUCUGACUGAAGAAACAUGUGUUAACAUUACAAAAGGCCGACGUAAUUUACAAAAGUGUUUGACAGAUGUUCGUAAUGCACGUGGACAAUUACAAAAAACUAUGCAAUGUAUUCAAACAAGUACAAAUUCAAGUUAUCCUGGUUCUUGUAAUCCGUCCGUGACAAUUGAUGCAGUCAAUCGAAUUAGUCAAGCUCAACAUCAAUUAGAAGAGAAAGAAAGUGAAUUGGAAUCUUCAAAAGAACAAUUACUUCGUGAUCUGUAUUCAUUCGCCUCUGAAGAAGAAAACUAUUCACGCCUUAUACUUAAAUACUUUCAAUUACAAGAAAGUUAUUUAUCUGAUAGUUUACAGUUGGUUCAAAAAGUGAUUUCCGAUAUGUCUCAAACUAUCAGGCUACAGAAACGUCUUACUACAUUUGGCCGACAUCUACCUGAUCAUUUAGCCGAAACUAAACGAUCUAUCGCCUAUGUUCUAGACGUAUGUAUUAAUUAUUUGGAUCAAGAAUCUAUCAUGCAAGAAGAGGGUCUUUUUCGAAAGUCUGGAUCCCAAAAACGGACAGACCUCUUAGUAAAAGCCUUAAAUGUCAUGCAAAUCGAUGAACAUUUAUUUAGAAAAUGUGACUGUGCUGUUGUUGCUGGUGCUUUGAAACAAUAUUUGCUUAGUCUUCCUGAGCCACUAAUCACUUAUGAUUUUGCUGAUCAAUGGGCUGCUGCUUCUAAAAAACCUAAUUCAACAGCGGUCAAUCUACAGUUAAUUCGUAGUUGCCUUGAAAAAAUGCCUAAGGAGUUUCGUUUAAAUUUAGGCUAUUUAAUGUGUUUCUUGCAGAAAUUGUCUAGUCAAUCAGAUGUGAAUAAAAUGACUUCUGAUAAUUUAUCAAUAGUAAUUGCACCAAACGUGUAUAGACUUUCAUCCUGUUCCAUGAGUACUGGUAAUAAUAUUGUCAAUGGUAGUUCAGUACGACCAACUGAAGAUUUAGGAAAAUCUUUAGAUUUCUUACAAAGCAAUGGUCCAGGAAUUCACUUAGUAGAUAUUCUUAUUCAAAAUGCAGAACAGUUAUUUGGUCAAGAACAAGCCUCGUUUCGUCUAACUCAUGUUCCAACCUAUUUCGGAAUAAAAGUUCCUUCACAUCGUCCAUCUGUCACUGGUUCUGUAACUUCAUUGAAGUCGUCGAAUUCCGGCACUGGUGUUUCCCAUGGACUAGAUAGCAGUACCAUAGCAUUAAAUGAACAAUCAUCUCAGAAUGUUAACCAAUUAAUUGUUCCCAAAAAACCUGUUGGUGUUGACCAUGAUUCCGGUGUUCCUACUUGUCAUUCAACUCAGUCUGCUAUAACUUCCAGGAUGUCAAAUUUAAGUACUACUCCUAUACUUCAACGAAAGAAAAAUGCUGCUCCAAAACCACCAGUUCUUUUAAACCCAACCAAUCAUUCAAUAACUCAUGUGAGUAAUAAUGAUCCUGAAAGAUCGGAAAAUCCCUCUGGUAUUGACACGGAAAACAGAAAUGAUGGUGAUAAUAACAGCAUUUGUUGCAGUAGUAAUUCAGAAGUAUCAGUUCAUCAUUCUCAUCAUGAAAGUCUUCCACAACUUAUCAAUAGCUCAACCACUAGCUGCACAGAAUUAACACCUAAUGAUCAUAUUCACAAAUUGUCAUUACCAUCACAAAUGAUCACGUCACCAACUAUUCAAGAAAUGAAACUGAGUAGAGAUCUACCGCCUAAACGACCCCCACCACCUGAUGCUAACUCCAAGUCGAAUAAUUCUACAUUAGAAUUAGAUACUGAUAAUGUAACUGUUAUGUAGAAUAAUCGAUUUGUGUUCAACUAUGAGUGUGUCUGUUUUUUUUUUCCUACUCAACAGAAAUUAUUAUCAGUACUCUUCCACUUUUUUCGAAGUUUUUUUUCAAACAAUUAAAAACUGCUGAAUUUAUGAAUACCCCUAUUGAUUGAUUAUGUUUGUAAUACUUCUGAUUACUACUUUUUUCAUUUAUAAGUAGUAAUAGUAGUUUAUUUAUGAAUUAAAUGUGUAAUUCUCCUCUCCUAUCAUUUGAUAUUGGUAACUUUUUCUAAAUCCUCUAUCAUACAUUUCCUGAUACAAAUCAUUCAUGUGUUUUGUUUUGUUUGUCAAAAGAAACUAUAAUAUUCCUAUUUAUUACAAUUUUGUAAACAAUAAACAUUUUUUUGUUAUGCAUGAUCUUACAUACAUAUGUAUCCAUUUACCAACUUCAUCUAUAUUCGGCUUCAUGUGUAUCUCUAAUGUACAACGACGUAAGUGAACAAUGGAUGUAUGUUUAAAUGAUUUCACUAGAUCGUUCUCAAUACUGUUUGUUGUGUGUGUGUGUGUGUACACUGCACCAAAGAUUUCAACUUCCUUCAUAAACCAACUUGUUUAUUUUUGUAUACUUUAAAAAAAAGUAUAAAAAUUAUUAAUUUUCCUUAGUGACCUAAUACAUUCCAACUAUAUUAAUUAUUUAGUAUUCAUGUUCGCUAGUUUAUUGUAUCAGUUUAUAAUAUUGUACAAGAGAGUUGUGAUUCUCCUUGGGUAAUACAAUCAUAUAUAUAACUUGUAAUGAUGACAGUUCGAAGCAUAUGCAUAUCAAUUAUCGAAUUAAGUGACAAAAUAUCUUUUGCCUCUACAACAGGAAUCAGUUUCCACAUUACAAAUAGUUUCGUUAUUAUAUUAUCAUAUUCUUUAAUCUGUAUACACUAUAUACUAUUUUUGAAUCUAUAAUUUCAAGUUUGACGCUUUUUUUAAAAUUUCAUUUCUUGAUUGAUUAAUGACUAUUCCAAUAUUUGCUGUGUUAGCUGUCAAUAUGAUCAGAUGCUUAAACACGAAAUUUUUAUCUCCCUAAACUACUUGUACUUGUUUUACUGUUGUUAUUUUUUUUUAAAAAAAUCUUUAAGAUGGUCGUCUUCCAUUUUCUUUAAGAAAUAAGCAAAAAAAUGUUAUUUUUGAAUAAAAACCCGUUGUUUUCUUUGAAACAAUUACCAAGUAAACGAAAAUAAACGUGACCAGAGUAGCGAAGACUACUACUGUUACUGACUAUUAUUACUAUUCUUUAACCGAUCGUAAUUACUUUAAUUUUUGUCUUUAGCACAUGGAAAUCCUUCCACAAUUUGUGCGGAUAAAAUUAAUUGAAUUUUAUGUAGUAAUCAAUUUUUAGAUGCUAGUAGCUGUUGUUGGCGUUUAUUGUUUUUAUAUAUGAUUAUUCUGUUUGUCAAUUUGUUCAAGUGAAAUUGAUUUGAUACCUUUUUAAUUAAGCCUUUAAAGUAUUUUCGGCUUGAAUGUUAAGUGACCUUUUCUUGAG